AUGGAUUCUCAGCAAGGGCUGCCUGGAAAGGGAGCUGCCUACCCCAAGCAAUACCGUCGAAACUAUCCACGUUCCAGGGACGGAUGUCUUACUUGCCGUGCCAAACGCAAGAAAUGUGACAAGGCAAAGCCUUGUUGCAAUGCCUGUGUUCGAUCUAUGCAGGCAUGCGUUUGGCCUGACGAUGAUAAGAAGGAGACGAAAACUGGUUCAAAUCCGAGUCCUACUGUCCCUUCAUCUGAACAGACAGGCAAGGAAGUCAAGAAACCCGAGGCAAAGGAAAUCGAGUCCGAUCCUGCAAUCGUAGAUCUCAACUUUGCCAUGGUAUCACUGUCAACUUCUUCAGAUACACAAAUCUUUCGAAGAUUUCUCUUCGACUGGAGUACCCCGGCAGAUUCCACUCCAGUAUAUAACUUGGCAUGGUUUGCCCAUCUCCCCAACAUCUACGCAAAAGCCAGCGUGGACAGUCUUGUGCACAGAUCUUUCAAGGCUUUGGCCAACGCAAGUUACGGGCAGCGGUUCAACUCAUCCGAAGCACUAAACAACGCCAAUGAAUGCUUUUUGACGGGCGAAGCUCCUACUGUCUCAUGGUCAUCCGUCAACGAGUUGGGUUUGCCUAGCUUGCCGUACUUCUAUGCACAUACGGAACACAUGUACCAAGCUGCAUGUCUCUUUGCAGAAUGGAGAACAAUAUUGCUUGAACGUGAUUCCGAUGAUGGUUUUCAGCAUUUGUCUAAUAUCGUUAACCGCGCUUUGGCACUGGACAAGCGAUAUGAAGAGUGGGCACGUAGUCUCCCCUCGACGUCAGCAUAUACGACCCAACCACUAUCAACGGAAUCUCAACCCGAAUGGCUACAACCUCUACUUGAUGGCCUAUGGAAACCUCUCAACUCACAUACAUACCCUUCAAUUAUGAUACAGGUGCUUUGGCGAUUCUACUGGCUGGUUCGUGCCAUCCUGAACCAAGCACUCUUGUUCACGAAUAAUAUCUUCGAGGAACGUCAAGCAAACGUGAACCCAAUCUUCCCUCACCGGGCCAACAUCGAGACCAAUAUUUUGUCUUUCAUCGAUCUUUCAUGCGAGUCUUGCCUAUCAACUUUAGUUAAUAUUACUAAGCGGAUCCCAGAGCAUGUGGGAGCGGAGGCUGUCCCAAGUCUCUGGGGAUAUCUUAUCCUUCAGGUUUUACCUACUAUCGGUCUAUGUCUCGAGCAAGUUGUUCUUCCAGACAUUGACCUCUCGGGGAGACGAGAAUGGGCUGCCAAACUGAGACACUUUCUAAGAGUCAAUUUUGGUAUUGCAAAGGGUGCUACUGCAAUACCCCCUUCUCAUGUUGGGAAAGUUCCCAUUCAAACUUGGGGUCUCCCCCAGAAACUUCCCAAUUGCCCCAAACAGACUAGGAAUACCUUUUAA